UUCAAUGUUCUUUUCCAUUUUAUCUUCACUUGAAUCUGAUUUUGAGCCUUUUUAGCAAUUGUUUUUCUUUCAAUCAGUUAUUAUUUUUGAUGUAAAUGAGUGUGUUUGUAUCUCAGAUUUUGCUGUCUUGUUAGAUUCUUCUAAGUUCUGUAAUAUUGACUGUGCAGAAUGGAUGAGAUGAUGUGUGGCCAGAGGGGAUGGAGAGAGUUGGCUAUCUUGGGAGAUAAAAUAGACAAGGUUUCGGGCAUCAUAGAAGGGUUUAUUUGGAAGAGUGGGGAGGCCAAUGGCCAUACUGAUGAUUGGCCUUAUGAGGAGGGUCCUCACUCUGAUUUCCAUGGACCAAAUUGUGGAAGCACAGCUUGUGUGGCAAUCAUUCAAAACAAGCAAUUGGUUGUUGCUAAUGCUGGUGAUUCUCGUUGUGUCAUAUGCAGGAAGGGUCAGGCAUAUAAUUUAUCUAAAGAUCAUAAGCCUGACCUGGAAGUGGAGAAGGAUAGGAUCUUGAAAGCGGGUGGUUUUAUUCAAGUAGGACGUGUUAAUGGGAGUUUAAAUUUGGCAAGGGCUAUUGGAGAUGUUGAGUUCAAGCAGAACAAGAGUCUACCUGUUGAAAAGCAGAUAGUAACAGCCAAUCCAGAUAUUAGCACUGUUGAGCUUUGCGAUGAUGACGAGUUUCUUGUUUUAGCUUGUGAUGGAAUUUGGGAUUGCAUGUCAAGUCAACAACUAGUGGAUUAUGUGCGAGAGCAGUUGAACAAUGAAACUAAGCUCUCUGCUAUAUGCGAGAAGGUUUUUGAUAGGUGUUUGGCUCCAACAGCUGGCGGUGAGGGAUGUGACAACAUGACUAUGAUCCUUGUUCAGUUCAAAAAGCCUUUCAGUUCAGAUGCUUCUGCCGAGGCUCAGACACUUUCAUCUGAUCAACCACCUAAAGCUGAUCACAGUACAGACAAGACUGAAUCUUGAGAAGCAUUAGCCCCUUUGACCGAAUUGUGGUACAUUUUCCUCAACUGCGAACAAAAAGCAUCAUGCAGUCCAAUUUCUCAUUUUGGAAGUAAAAUGCACUUAAUAUGGUUUCACUUUUGUACAUGCAUUUUCUUGGUGGUUCUUUAUAUAGAAUUCAGGUGCAUUUAUGAGAAUAGAGCUUUGAAUUUGGAUUAAGCUCAUUUAACAGUAGCUUAAACCAUGGCAGGAAGCCAGGAACACAGUAUGAUGUGUAAUUAGCGUAGAAAAUGAAACUUCUUGUAUGGAUUCUCAUGGCUUCUUGAUGAUUAAACUAAAUUGCAGAUAAAAACGUUUUAAGUCUGUGGUUGGUGGUGUGCUCCCACCAGGCCACCACACACCCUAUUAAUUUCUUACUGUUGUGUCAAUAAAUGGGUCUUGCAGAACCAAACCAUAAUCCUUUUUAUUUUUUUUCUCCCUUUCGGCUACAGCAGAAGCUCUGGCUGAUUCAAUAUUAUCACAGCUUAGGCAACUGUAAGAAACUGCGGGGCCUGAGGUUGUUUCAACUCCCCGGCUGGAUGGUACACCAUUUUUGUCGUUCGUUUUGGUUUAAGCACUAAUUUUAUUCCUAUCCAUCAGAGCUUCCCGUUACUUCUAGAAUUUCUAUAGUAGGAAAGUGUUUUAACGUUGUUUCUUCAUGAAGAUAGUAACAUAUGAAAGUUCUUUAGGAAGAUGAGAUUAAAAAGAGACUUUUUAAGGUUGGUGUUCUUAAUGAGAGAGGGUGUUUCUUUUUGGCCAUCUAAUGAGAGAAUUGGGUAGCAUGCCUCUAUCUUCCUUGAGUUGGUGAUGAGUUCUGAUCGUCUCCAUCGUCAGUAUUUUCUUUUCAUUUUUAUAUAUGUCUGUUGGUUUUGGUACUCUCUUUUUGUUUGAGGUUCUGUAAGUAAACUUGAUCUUUUAUU